UUUCUUGGCAAUAGCAACAAAUGCAGAAGACGAUGGAAACAAAACCUCGGAACCUCCACAGAAUUUCAAGGAAUUACUACGGAAGUUCCAUGACAUUCUUCCUGACGAUCUUCCCAACGAGCUACCACCGUAUCGCAUGCACCAACACGAGAUCGUGGAGGAACCGGGCUCGAAGCCGACCUUCCGAGCACCAUACCGGCUCAGACCUACAGAGCUAGCAAAUAUGAAGAAACAAAUCGAGUAUCUUCUUGAGAAAGGACUCAUCCGACCUUUCACUUCACCGUACGGUGCCCCGGUACUCUUCACACCGAAAUUGGACGGAAGCAUGUGCAUGUGCAUCGACGUCUGAGCUCUCCACAAGCAAACUAU